AUGUACCCCCGAAAGUCCACACCCGAAGACCAGGCUCCCGAUGCUGAACUUUCUCAUAGGCAUCCGGGGCUUCCCGAAAUUACUCCCGAGAGGAUUUCUCUUCCGCCCAGGCCCACUGAUGUGACUACACUUACCCUCAAGUCGCAGGGAGUGGCCGGACUUACUCCCGUGAUGCCACUCCCGAUCACUAGGCCAUCGGGAAUGGCCGGACUUACACCUGAGGAACCACUCCCGCCCAGUCCCCCAGGGAUGAUCGGACUUACAAUCGAGAGGCAACCCCCAGUUCCCAUGCUCACGGGGGUUGCGGAAUAUACAUCCAUGCCACCAGAGGUGACAAAGAAUACCCAAAAAGCCAAUCCUAUCCCUCAGGCCAUCGGUGGUGGCCGGACUUAUUUCCGAGUCCAGGGGAUGGCCGGAUUUAUUCCCAGGCAUCCGGGGGUUGCCGGACAUACCUCCAAGAGGACACUACAAUCCCCCAGGACCACGGAGGUGUCUGGACUUACCCCCAGACCACGGGGGUGGCCGGUUUACCAACGAGCGGUCAGGUCCACGCGGGUGGUAGAAUUUACUCCCGAAAAGAAACCUCCGACCCCCAGUCCGCCUGAAGUGGCCGGAAUUAACCCCGAGAGAUCACCCCCACUCCCAGACUCCUAG